AACAAUAUUCGGCAACAACACAAAAAUAGUUGCAUACAUAAAUAAGCGCAAAGAACAUUUAGAAUGGACGUGGGCGCACAGGAUACCACAUAUGAGCCUCUAGAGGGGCGCAGCGGUCGGGGAUCGGGCAACGGCAUGAGGCAUCCGACGAGCAUAGAUAGUCCCGAAUACGAUACACGCGCCCCCAAGGACCAAAGACAUGCCGUCUAUCUGGCACUGCUUGCAGCGGGCAUCGGAUUUGUUUUGCCCUACAAUAGUUUCAUUAUCGCCGCGGACUAUUGGCAGGGACGCUUUCCGGGUCGUCCGGUGGCUCUGGACAUGUCCAUGACGUACAUCUUUGUGGCCUUUGGCACGGUGCUGUUCAACAACAUUGUGCUCUCUUUGGCGCCAUUCCAGACGCGCGUCCUCUUUGGCUACAUGGUGUCCUUUACCACACUGAUAUUUGUGGCCGUCUGCGAGGUGGCCUGGCACAUGUUUGCCACGAAUACGGCGUAUGUUGUGAACAUGUCUGCGGUGGCUCUAACAGCCAUUGGCUGCACGGUGCAGCAGUCGAGCUUCUAUGGAUUCGCCUCGAUGCUGCCCAAGCAGUACACGCAGGCGGUGAUGGCCGGCGAGAGCAUUGCCGGAUUUCUGGUGUCUUCCAAUCGUGUGGUUACCAAGCUGCUCAUCAACAAUGAUCGCGUCUCGACGGUCAUCUUCUUUCUGACCUCCACGCUGUACAUACUGUUCAGCUAUCUGCUCCAUUUGGCCACCAUCAACUCGCCGUUUGUGCGCUUUCACGUGGAGGCCUGCUCCAAGAUUGUUCUACGACCGGAUGAGCAAGAGAUCGAUGGCGCCACCAGCAGCACCAAGUAUGGUGUUCUCUCCAUGGACGGCACUACGACAACUACCACAGCUGGACCGCAUCAUUCCAGUUCGAGUGCACCCAAUACGCUGAGCUUCAGCAAUCCCGUCUAUGAGCUGUCUAAUCCCACGGCUGGCGAGAGCAUCAUUGAGGGUCUCGGACCGUUGCCCGAGCUGCCAGCCACGCCGCAUGAGCCGGCCACGCCCACAACGGUUGCCUUCAAGGUGGAGCAUGUGAUUACGCCGCGUCGCUGCCGGCCCAGCAAGCUGGGCGACAUACGCGAAGGAUUCGUAACACGCUGGCGCGUCGCCCAGGUCAUCUAUCCGUACAUGGUGUGCAUUGCCCUGGCCUACUGUGUCACCCUCUCACUGUAUCCCGGCAUCGAGGUGGAGGUCACUUCGUGUGCGCUGCGCACAUGGAUGCCAGUGCUGCUGAUGUUCUGCUUCAACACAUCGGAUGUGAUUGGCAAGAUACUGGCCGCCAGCCCGUAUCCCUGGUCGCGGCGUCAGCUGAUCUUGCUGUCGGGACUGCGCAUUGUGCUGGUACCGAUGUUUCUACUAUGCUGUGCGCCACGUCAUCGACCGAUCAUCUCGGGCGAGACGGCGCCCUUCCUGUUCACCAUAGCGCUGGGCAUCAGCAACGGACUGGCCGGCAGUUUGCCCAUGAUGCUGGCUCCGGCUAAGGUGCCUGGCACCCUCAAAGAGGUCACCGGCAACAUAAUGACACUGUCCUACAAUAUUGGACUCACGGCCGGAUCGCUGAUUGGCUAUGUGUUCGAGAGCAUGCUGGGACCACAGCUGGAGAAUCCCUGUCCCAUGUAUCCGUAUACGCCCGCCUCGGUGCUGGAGCACUACCAUGGUCAUUUGCCGCCGUUGCUGCCCACCACCAGCUCGACUAUGGCGGCCAACACGACACUGGCGCCGCUGUUGCUCAACACCACAAUCGCCAGCUUUACCAGCACGGAGAGCAGCUCCACCAGCGCUGUGCCCGGACCCGCACUGGCCACAGUCAUCACCACAACGGCCCUGGCUCUCUACAGUACCGUGGCGAGCACCAGCACUGAGCUAAUCAAUGCGACUGUCACCACCAUGCUGUCGGCGGUAUCAUCAUCGGUGGGCGAUAUCAGUGGUGAGCUUGGGGGCAGUACAACAGAUCCUCAAACGCCCGAUGCACUGUUGCAGGAGAUCUAAGUCGGUUGUUUGUUGGACAUGGCACAUUUGCAGAUACUCGAGUCAAAGUAGUUGCUUGUGCAGAUUUAAAAGUAUCUACAAGAUACAAUUUAGAUUAUCUCUGACUGAUGAGCGGUGAAAGCGGGAGCGUUAAGAGAGAGUUCUCAUGUGAAAGGGUAAUUAUGCCACUCUUUACUUGGAAAAACUCUGUGCAAAAUUAGAAGGUAAUUCUGCCUUAAAUUAGAAAAAAUUCCGUAUCUCAUGCGAGAGGGUAAUUAUGCUAGCCUUUAAUUGGGCAAAAUUCCCUUUCUCAUGUGAGAGGGUAAUUAUGCUAGCCUUCAAUUGGUAAAACUCCUCUCCUAAUGUGGGAGGGUAAUUAUAAUUGUCUAAUUGGAGAAAAUCUCUUUCUCAUAUGUUAGCCUUGAAUUGAAAAAAUGCCCUUUCUUAUGUGAAAGGGUAAUUGUGCUAGCUUUAAUUGGAAAAAAUUCAAUUUCUAUUGUGAGAGGGUAAUUGGGCUAUCCUUUACUUGGAAAAGUUCUCUUUCUAAAAAGAAAUACGGAUUAAAGAAGAUUGCCAGUUGUGAGAGUCUAUCAAAAACUAUCUUGUGUACUCGUAUUGCAAAAAUAUUUAUCAACUCUAAUAAUUAUGUUAACAUAUACUCCAACUAAGUGCUAUAAUAUUCAAGUUUUAAUCCGUUGAUUUCGAGUUAUAUAAGAGAGCCCAGUAGCUAAGCAAAUUCUAUGUGUGUGCGUGUGUGUGUUGCGUGUGCGUGUGCAUGUGUGUGCGUGUGAUUAUGUAUGUACAUAUAUAAUUAGGAUAUGGCUAAUACGGAUAAAUGCAUAUUGUUGGUUACAGAUCAUGAAUAUUUUUAUAAAAAGGCGCUAGACUUAAUUGUUUGUGGGGUAAUUAUAAUCGUAAUUAUUGAUCAAAAUUU